AAACGCACCACAAAAAGAAAGAAACGGGCUUCUGAGCUUUUAAGCCCAGAAACUCCCUUCCCAAACACCCACUUCAUUUGUGUCAAAUCUUUUCAAACCAGAUUUUAGGGAUCUUCUUUUUCAGAUUUUCGAAUUUUCGGUAUGAUAAUAAGAUUGCGAACCAUCUACGUGGUUGCAGAAACAUUAAACGUUGACAUCUGUGAUUCUGACAGAAACUACUCUCCUAGGCUCUAAAAACCAAACUCAAACUCCCCUGUUUCUUGAAAUCUCCAAUGUCUUUAAAAACCUGGAAAGAAACACUCAAACUCUGCACCAACGACAAUCAUUCAACCUCAACUUCAUCUUAUAAUUCAUCACUUUCUGACCCAAUUGACACUAAUAGAAACCCUAGAAUACCCCCGAAAACUUCGCUCUUCAAGCAACUCUUACGCAUUCAAGACCCAUCAGUCUCUUUACUCCAAAUCGAGCCAGAGAGUGAGACCCAUGUUAUAGAUGAGAAAGAAGCAGAUGGGUCAUCGUUGGGCGGGUCAAAAUCGGAUAUUUCGCUCUUUGAUAAUACGGGUCCUUAUGAACCACUGGUUCUUUCUGAGUCUCCGCUUGUGCAGGUCCCUGCUUCUAUUAAUUGCAGGCUUCUGGAACACCAAAGAGGUGGUGUAAAAUUUUUGUACAAGUUGUACAAAAACAACCAUGGAGGUGUUCUUGGAGAUGACAUGGGAUUAGGAAAGACUAUACAAACAAUAGCAUUUCUUUCUGCCGUCUUUGUGAAGGAUGCGACUUCUGGCUAUCCUAGGUCAUUAAAUGCAGAGCAGGCAAACAAAGAUCGACCUGUACUAAUAAUUUGCCCGUCAUCUGUUAUACAAAACUGGGAGAAUGAAUUUUCAAAGUGGGCAAGCUUUGAUGUUUCCAUCUAUCAUGGUGCUAACCGUGAUUUAAUCAUGGAGAAAUUAGAAGUACACGGGGUUGAGAUACUUAUCACAAGUUUUGACACCUUCAGGAUUCAUGGCGACGUUUUGUCUGAGAUUCACUGGGAGAUUGUGAUCAUUGACGAAGCACAUCGACUUAAAAAUGAUAAAUCGAAACUCUAUCAAGCAUGUUUAGCCAUUGGAACAAAAAAACGUUAUGGUCUUACAGGAACUAUAAUGCAGAACAAACUAAUGGAACUCUUCAAUUUAUUUGACUGGGUAGUACCUGGAUGCUUAGGAACACGAGAACAUUUUCGAGAGUUCUAUGUUGAACCCCUCAAGCAUGGGCAGAGAUCAAGUGCUCCUGAGAGAUUUGUGAGGAUUGCUGAUGCACGUAAGCAACAUCUUGUAGCUGUCCUUCGUAAAUAUCUAUUAAGAAGGACGAAGGAGGAGACAAUCGGGCAUCUUAUGAUGGGUAAAGAAGAUAACGUUGUAUUUUGUGCCAUGAGUGAGGUGCAAAAACGUGUUUAUCAGAGGAUGUUACAAAUACCGGAAAUUCAGAGCCUUAUUAAUAAGGACCUCCCUUGUAGUUGUGGUAGCCCUCUUAAGCAGGUUGAGUGUUGCAACAGGACUGUUCCAAAUGGUAUCAUAUGGUCUUACCUUCACAGAGACAACCCAGAUGGUUGCGACUCGUGCCCCUAUUGCGUUGUUCUUCCUUGUCUUAUCAAGCUUCAGCAGAUAAGCAACCACUUGGAGCUUAUUAAACCCAAUCCCAGAGAUGACCCUGAAAAACAAAAGAAAGAUGCAGAGUUUGCCUCCAUGAUUUUUGGCCAUGAUGUUGAUGUAGUGGGAGGGAACACCCGAAAUGAGAGUUUUAUGGGUUUGAGUGAAGUAAAGCAUUGUGGAAAAAUGAGAGCUUUGGAGAAAUUGAUGCUCUCUUGGAUAUCACAGGGUGAUAAGAUUCUUCUUUUCAGUUACUCUGUCAGAAUGCUAGACAUUCUUGAAAAGUUUCUCAUACGCAAAGGUUACACCUUUUCAAGACUUGAUGGGUCCAUACCCACUGGCUUGCGCCAAUCUCUUGUUGACGACUUCAACUCAAGUCCAAGCAAACAGGUAUUUCUUAUAUCCACUCGAGCUGGUGGGCUUGGCUUGAAUCUUGUCAGUGCAAAUCGGGUGGUCAUAUUUGAUCCAAAUUGGAAUCCUGCACAGGACUUGCAAGCCCAGGACAGAUCAUUUCGUUUUGGACAGAAGCGACAUGUUAUUGUUUUCCGUCUUCUUUCAGCUGGUUCACUCGAAGAACUUGUUUAUUCUCGGCAAGUGUAUAAACAGCAGUUAUCAAAUAUUGCUGUUUCUGGGAAAAUGGAAAAGAGAUAUUUUGAAGGUGUCCAGGACUGCAAGCAAUUUCAGGGUGAACUUUUUGGAAUCUGCAAUUUAUUCCGUGACCUGUCAGACAAGCUGUUUACUAGUGAGAUUAUUGAACUACAUGAAAAACAGGGACAAGAACAAGAAAAUCCCAGUGCAAGACAGGAUAAAAAUGAUCUUGUAGCAUAUUUUCUACCAUCUUUAGAGACUUGUGGAACAUCUUCAUCAAUAAACAGUGACCCUAAUGAUAAAUCAAUAAAGCUUGUGCCUGACGACUUUGGUAUUGUAUAUGCUCAUCGCAAUGAGCAUGUUGUCAACUAUGGACCUGGUGCACAAGACGAGGAAGAACUUAGUGUGGCCCAAGAUGAGCAACUAAAAGAGUCUUACAUCCCCUGCAGUUUGAAACGGAAACAAGAUAAAGCUAGUAAAAAGGAAAACAUGUCCGUCAAGAUGCAGAAAAAGAGCCAAUAUAGCCUCCUCGCUAAAUAUAUGGGUAUGAAAGAAGUUGAAUUUAGCAAGUGGCUACUAUCUGCUGCUCCUGCAGAAAGGGAGAAAGUGCUUCGUGACUACAAGCAACAAAGGAACAGAUGAUGAUGAUCAACAGUUCUCAUCCCCCAUUAGUUACACAGAUCAAAUGUUAACGGAAUACAAAGUGUCAGUAGAUAGAUGUGUAAAUAUUUUUUGCUGUAUUGAUAGGUAAUGUGUGCUUCCCCUUUUUGCUGUGUAGUUGAAAGAUCAUAGUUUUUUGGGAAGAUCUCAUCUGUCUGUAAUAAUAAUGUCAUCUCCUUCUAACUUGUUAAACUGAAGUUACUGCCAUACAUUUCC